CGAAAAAAUCGCCGCUAAUAAAACACGCAUAGUACACCCCCUCGAAAAUAUGCCUGCGUGAGUUCAGUAACUCUCGCCAGAGGCACCGUAAUAAGCGCAAUUUUAAUAGUCAUGGCUAGGUGGCGUAUGCCACCGCCCGAUUUAAAGGGUUCAGCCUCAUCCAUCCAUUUAACCUACAAUCUUUCUCCCGCGCUUAUCGAAGCGUUUUUAUUACAUGACAGAGAGUACAAAUUUAUUAUUCUUAAUUAGAGAUUAUGCUAUUGAGUGCUAACCCGAUUCUUUUUUUACCAUUAUAAACUAAAAAUAACACUCAGCAUCAUCGAUCUCUCAAGUGACCUAUAGCUCUGGCCUGAAUUAAAAAAAAUUACCGGUACUAUCGCGUACACGGCAAGGCAAAGUUGGUUCUUUAUUCCAUGUUUCUGCUAUGGAUGAAAACGAACGUAAGGCGCGGCAUGCGGCGGCUCAACGGCAACGCCGACGACAAGCUACUCCGGAGGCGAGGGCGCGGGAAGCAGCGGCAAAACGGCAAAAACGCCAAGCGAACCCGGAGUUGAGAGCUCGGGAAGCAGAGGCUCAACGGCAACGCCGACAACAAACCACCCCGGAGGCGAGGGCGCGGAAAGCUAACCGUCGAGCGGACCCGGAGGUGAGAGCUCGGGAAGCAGCGGCAAAGCGGCGACGCCGACAACAAGCUGCUACUCCGGAGGCGAGAGCUCGGGAAGCGGCGGCAAGGCGGCGACGCCGACAACAAGCUGCUACACCGGAGACGAGAGCUCGGGAAGCGGCGGCUAAACGCCAUAGGCGUUGCCUACCGGAGAUGGGAGGCGCCGAUGCACGGUCCAAGCGUGAUUUCCUCGACCGGAGCUUGGGCGACAGCUGCAAAGUGUGUGAUCGCUUGUGGUUUGAUAACGCGUUGACCAAAAUCGACAGCAUACGAAACGAACAGUCGCGAGCCAACGCCAUCACAGUGAUGCAGCAAGAGUUCUCCGGUGGUGAUCACAAGCCUGUCGCCACCGCAUGCUUGCCCGCAAUCUACGAUGCAUCGGCACUAGGGCCCCCUGCUUCUCCCAGUGAACUCUGCUCACUAUCUCAGUUCUGCCCUGACCAACUUGGUGCGUGCCACGAACCAGUGUUGAGCAACGUGGGAGAAACCCUGCCGGCAGCUGAUGGAGUCAAGGCACAGACAGUUCGGGUGCACAGGACAGGAAGGAGUUGGCCUCUUGUCAUGUGUCCGCAUCAUUCAACAUCGGAAGCUGAAGCUCUUGGGGUGGCAACGGCCGACUUCAGUGCUGUGUUCCCGGACAUCGACUUCAAACAGGCGGCUGAGGUGGCAUGUGACAAGCCACCGUUUAUCGAGGACAGCCUGGUGAGUACCACCUGCCGGGUAGAACCGUGGCGAGGCCUCCAAGACAAGUGCGUCGGCGAGUACGAGGCCGUGCUGCAGCAUGCAGAACGGUUCUGCCAGACCGAACAUCACAUCACGCUAGUCCAGUGCAGAAAGCCACAAGUUUCAACCUGCAGUGUCGAAGUGCAGGCUGACCCAUGGUGCCAGCAUCAUUGUGGAAUUGGGCCCAUUGGUGUCGACUUGUGUGAAACCUGAAGCCUACAAGUUCAAGCACUAAGGACCUGCCAUGACCUACAAAACUGCACAUUUACUGGGUGCACUACAGUUGAGGUGUGCGUUUGCCUCAGACUCGGUGAAGGACCACUUUGAGCUUGCGUAUGACAUCUUGCCAGCCAUCAGUGUCCGCCUCUGCCCAGCCGUCCUCGAACAUUCCGAGUGCACCCUGUCAUUGGAUGUAAUGUGUUAUGGGGCUUGCUGCGUGUCAUCUGGAUAUCACCGUCCCGAAUUCCUCAGAACCAGAUGUGAGUGACGUCUAGUCUAUAACUGUUGUUAACCAUUUCCAGAGCAGAAAAUAAAUCAAGAAUGCCAGUAGUAGGCAUCAAA